UCCUGGUCAAAUAGCAUAAAAAGUUUGACAAGAAAGAUCAAAACAACAGACUUCAAAACAAAGCAGCAAAAAAAGAUUAAACAAACAUAAUAAACAAACAUAAAAGAAACAUGCAACACAAACAAAAACAGCAUAUUACAUCUAACAAUGAAUAAGCAGUGUUGUUCAGUAUCAGAACAUGUACAUUUAAUGUUCAAAUAGUCCUUAAUCCAGCAUCUUCCAUGGCCACACAUGAGGAAGCACAAACUUGAAAAGUACUUGAACCAAAGAGUGUGGGUUCUUUCAGUUCAUGCUAUAGAAUGAAUUUAUGUAGUAUAGAUUAAAAUGAAGAUACAACUUCUUAUGUAAUGAAGGCAAUCUGUGAUCAUGAGGAAUGAUUGUUCUGCAGAUUGAAAUAGCACGGGAACUUUAUUAUUGAAAUCAUUUGACAGUACCAGUAUCUCACCCUCCUCCACACAUAUCUGAAGCACUUACAUAUUGGUAACAUGGUGAUAUAGAGAACAUUCACAAACGGUUCCUGUACAUCCAUCUCUCUAUCUGAACUCUUGAUUCAUUUAUCUACUACUCUAUGUUUCUGUGUCCUUGCGUGUUACUCUUUGUUUUCUGUCACUAUGUGUUUAAUGUAUUUCUCAGUUUGUGUGCUUCUACGGCAUCUGUGACUCACAGACAAACAGGACAGCAGGUGGUGUGUGAUGUAAUAUGGGCCACAUAUAAGUCUUCUGUCUGUCUGCUGGAUCUACCUGAGGAGGAAACAGGAGACAACUCUCUGGCAAACUGGACCCCUAAUGGGUUCAGCUUUUAGAGGUGUCUAAAUAUGCAUAGUGAAACUUUUCUCCUGGCUUUAAAGAGUGCACAAGUUGAGGCAUUUUCUUCAUGAGAGACUGAAGCUGUAAAGAUUUUAUGACCAAUUUUGUUCAAAGUGAACAUUUAAUUGGUCUUGGAAAUACACAAUAGUUGAGGAUGUCAUCGUCAAGGUCCAUGCUCCUCUUUGGGAUCCUCCUGUGCAGCUCCUUUGCUCCUCUCCCAGUCAUCAGCAGUAAGAGACAUAGCAUACGGAGCGCCGGGUCAUUGUUGCAUGCCCUCGGCAGCUCCUGGGACAAGAGGGAGGUGACAGCUAGAGAUGGAGAAUACCUGCUGGGGAUAAAGAGACUGAGAAGGCUUUACUGUAAUGUGGGCAUUGGCUUCCACAUUCAGGUCUUACCAAAUGGGAAGAUCACAGGCGUGCAUAAUGAAAACAGAUACAGCCUUCUAGAGAUGUCCCCAGUGGAGAGAGGAGUGGUCACUUUGUUUGGAGUGAGAAGCGGCCUCUUCAUUGCCAUGAGCGACAAGGGGAAACUCUAUGGCUCGGGUCGCUACAACGAUGAAUGCAAGUUCAAGGAGAAUCUCCUGGCCAACAACUAUAAUGCCUAUGAAUCAGCUGCCUACCCUGGCAUGUACAUUGGCCUCAGCAAGACUGGCAAAACCAAGAGAGGCAACCGGGUCACACCCACCAUGACUGUGACACAUUUCCUUCCCAGGAUAUGA